AUGGCACCGAAGAAGGGAACGAAGAUGGACUUGGGCGACUUCCUCGCCGACGACACGCUUGGCGGGUCGCUGUGGGCCGACGAGGACGUUGAUUUCAGCGCCAUUGGCUCGACGGCGGCGGUGACCACCGCCGCCGUCCCCAGCGCCGGCUCGGGGUUCAGCUCGGGGUUUGGCUCGGGCGCCGCUGGCGGGUCGCUGGCGUUUGGCCGCGGCGGCGACGACGCCUUCCCCCGCCGUGAGCGCAAGGAGUACCCCGUCCCCGACGCGCCCCCUUACCGCGCCAUGGUGCUGAACUUGCCCUGGGAAGCCAACGACUUUGGCCUCCAGGAGUUCUUUGAAACGUUGAUGGACGGGCACGACCUCAUCAAGGACAUCGACAUCCCCAGAGACCGCGAGCUGGACAGAAUCAGAGGGUUUGCUUUUGUUGAGUUCCACACGAGAGAGAUGUUGGAAGAAGCGCUCAAGACGCUGAACACCGAGUACAUUGGCCGGCGCAUUUUCGUGUCGGUGGCGGCGCCGAAGAACGACGGGUGGUCGCGGGUCGGCGGGUCGCGCUUUGGCGACGACGUCGACUUGGACUGGGGCGCCGCCCGCUCCAGCCGCGCCACGUUGCCGCCGAGAGAGCGCGGCGAGCGCCCGAUGCGGUCGCGCCCCGUCGACGACGGCCCCGAGUUAGACUGGGGCUCGGCUAGAGGCAGCGGCCAGUUGCCGCCUCGCGAGCCGCGCGGCGAGCGCACUUUCAGACCUAAGCGCGACGACGACGGCCCCGACUUGGACUGGGGCUCGGCCAGAGGCAGCGGCCAGUUGCCUCCCCGUGAACCUCGCGAACGCACCUUCCGCCCUAAGCGCGACGAAGGUCCCGAUUUGGACUGGCUGUCGGCCCGGGGUAGCGGUCAGUUGCCCCCGCGCCGGGCGCCGGCGCCGCGCCGCGACGACGCCGCGCCUAAGCGCACCGAACCCGAGCUCGACUGGUCGCGCGGCCAGCGGUUGCCGCCGCGCCGCAGCGCCGCCGCCGCUAGCGCCGCCACUGGCGCCGGUGCCGGCGCCGCCAAGGCUGACGACAAGAAGAAGGAAGACAAGCCCCAGCUGCUGCUGUUUGCGGUGUUGGCGGUCGACGACGACGACGACGACGCCAAGGAUGAAACUCAUGGUGAAACCGCCGCCGACGCCGACGUCGCCGACGUCGCCACUAAGGUGGCGCUGUUGGCGGUGGAAGAACCCACCGACGACGGCUGGGAGGUCGUGGGCAAGUAG